AUGUCACUCUGUGUGAAAAAUCAUGCUGCUGUACUUCCGAAAGAUGCAUCAGUUGAGUUACCCAGUUAUGCCUGCCUAAUUGGAAAUAUAUUGGAAUCUUCUGGGGUCGCUCUGUCUCAAACUGAUUGCUCAUUUCAAAUGACAAAUGUUUUGUUUGGAGGGAUUUCACUUUCCAGUGGCUUGCACCACAGACCGGACGAUAAAGAGGUGUCAGCUGUUGGUGCGGCUUGUGCUUUUCUACAUGUUAGUUUAAACACCUUACCUCUGGAGGGAAUCAUGACCAUACUAGCUUAUAGAACGGAACUUGUUCCGGUGCUUUGGAAUUUUAUGAAACGGUGCCAUGAAAACCAGAAAUGGCAGUCAGUGUCUGAGCAGUUGGCAUAUCUGCUGCCCGGAGAUGCACCUGGCUGGCUAUUAGCUUUGGCUCAGGAGAAGCCACUAUCAUUGAAGGAUAUCAGAUACCUAGUUAUCAUACUCAGACAGGCCCUAUGGCAACUUCUUUGGGUGAAUCCUACGGCUCCCAGUAAUUCUUCGAAACCUGUCACAACCACCUCUUCUAAGAAGCACCCUGUGGAGUUGAUUCAACAUAGAGUUAGCAUUGUAGCUUCUGAACUCCUCUCCCAGUUGCAAGAUUGGAACAAUAGACGAGAAUUCACAUCCCCCAGUGACUUUCAUGCUGAUGGUGUCAAUGAGUUCUUUAUUACACAGGCCAUAAUAGAAAAUACCCGAGCAAAUGACAUCAUGAAGCACGCUCCCUUCCUGGUACCAUUCACAAGCAGAGUUAAAAUAUUCGCUUCACAGUUGGCAGCAGCUAGACAAAGACAUGAGUCUAAUUCUGUAUUUACCAGAAACCGAUUCAGAAUACGGAGGGAUCGUAUCUUGGAAGAUGCUUAUGACCAAAUGAGUGCGCUGUCUGAAGAUGAUCUUCGGGGACCGAUUCGUGUAACGUUUGUAAAUGAAUUUGGGGUUGAGGAGGGUGGAAUUGAUGGUGGCGGGAUUUUCAAAGACUUCAUGGAGAACAUUACUCGGGCAGCCUUUGAUGUUCAGCAUGGAUUGUUUAAGACGACCAUACUAUUAUGAAGCUGUUCACAGAUGGGGUUUUCGGAAGUUAUUUCAGUAGCACCACUGUGAGUUGUGGGUAAAGCUGCGGAAUGUCGGAACUGCUCUUAGAGAUGCGCCAUGGUUUAAGUUUUCACCUUCCAUCUCUUGACGUUAUUUUUUUUAGGAACUUUAACGAAAAACUCCUAGUACUGUUUACUUAAACGAAAAAUCAUAUUUUUAACUAAAAAGUCAAUUCUUGUACUAUUCACUUUA